AUGAGAGCCUAGUAACGUAACAGCCCAGCCACACCGUGUACGAAGUUGCUCGGGGAAGUGCUUGUUCUGAGAAGGGCUUCUUUUGCUUUUACCCCCACACUUUGACUUCCUCGUUUCUCCAAAGAACGUCCUGUCUCCGGUGCUUUCCUGUUCAGCGAAAAUGACUACAGAGAAGAAGAUGGUGAUGGCUCUUCGGCUCAUGGCCUUGGUGGUCCUUGGCGGGAAAUCGGCCGGAGCCCAAAUCCAUCAUGUGGUCGGCGGCGACCAUGGGUGGGACCCUUCCUGUGACAUAGCUGCCUGGUCCUCUGGCAGGAUCUUCAGGGUCGGAGACAAAAUUUGUAAGUCCUUUGUACUCACUCUCUAUGUCUCCUCUUCUCUGUUGAUUAAACUUAGAUAUUCUAAAGUUGAAAAUGCAUUUUUUUAAAAUAAAAAUU